GGCAGCGGAGACCCCGCAGCCCUCCCUCUCUGGGAGGGGGCCGGGCUGGAAGAGGGGCUGGCCGCCUACUCCGCGCGGACGCUCCGGCUACUUUCAGCAGCCCCUUUGCUGUCAACUUGCAGGCUGUAGCGAAAUGGACCAACGCUGAACAGUAAAGCCGGCCCUUUUGCUGGGCUCUCCCUGCCGCCCUCCUGCCCCCGCCCCGCUUCGCUAGCCUUGCUUGAAAAAAAAUUCAAACCUGCAAGAGGAACUCCCGACCUCCCCCGUACUUUGAAUGCUCUCGCUGCCUCCUUCUCCCUCUCCUCCAUCGCCGCCACCGCCGCCCGCUUGCAAAGCAACGAUACCCCGGGAAGGAAGGAAGGAAGGAAGGAAGGAAGGCGGCGGCGGAAGAAAAGGGCGCCUUUGGCUCCUACGGGGGCUUUUUAAAAAGGGGUGGGGGAGGUAGCUGCAUGGACGUGCACUGCGGGGAGGGAGAGAGUCGUUUUAAUCCGCUGUCUUUUCCUCCACAAAGCGCCGCUGCCUCUUCACCAAGGUCCAUAUUGAUCUGUGUCUUCUGAACUGACAAAGGAAGAAUCUGGAAUAGUCAUAACACAAAAGCUUAAAACAACUGUGCCCUGAAGCGGGAGCCUUAUGAUGAAGUGAACAGGGAGGGUUUGGAAACUGGAGUCUCCUGAGAGAAAUGUGAAACGCAGCAAGGCCAGACCCUGAACUUCUCUGGCUUGGUGGUGGUGGAGAGGGUUUGAGAGGGGGGCGGCACUUCCCCCCCCAACAAGGCUAUGAUGUCUGUUGAAGGCUCUACAAUUACAAGUCGGAUAAAGAACCUGCUUCGAUCUCCCUCUAUCAAACUGCGAAGGAGCAAAGCAGGGAACAAGCGAGAAGACAUCAGUACUAAGGUGACCUUGGAGAAGGUGUUGGGAAUCACAGUUUCUGGAGGCAGAGGACUGGCCUGUGACCCUAAGAGUGGUCUUGUUGCGUAUCCAGCUGGGUGUGUCGUUGUGCUGUUCAACCCAAGGAAGAAUAAGCAACAUCAUAUUUUGAAUAGCUCUAGGAAAACCAUUACAGCCCUUGCUUUCUCUCCUGAUGGAAAAUAUCUGGUUACUGGAGAGAGCGGGCACAUGCCUGCUGUCCGCAUAUGGGAUGUUGCUGAGAGGACCCAAGUGGCUGAACUUCAAGAACACAAGUAUGGGGUUGCUUGUGUGGCGUUCUCUCCGAGCUCCAAGUACAUUGUCUCAGUGGGUUACCAGCAUGACAUGAUAGUCAACGUUUGGUCCUGGAAGAAAAACAUAGUUGUGGCAGCCAAUAAGGUCUCAAGCAAAGUGACAGCCGUUUCAUUCUCUGAGGACUGCAGCUACUUUGUCACUGCUGGAAACCGGCACAUCAAAUUUUGGUAUCUGGAUGACAGCAAAACCUCUAAGGUGAAUGCUACUGUCCCCUUGCUGGGGCGUUCCGGUUUGCUUGGGGAGCUGAGGAACAACUUCUUCACAGAUGUGGCGUGCGGCAGGGGUAAAAAAGCAGACAGCACUUUCUGUAUCACUUCAUCAGGUCUCCUGUGUGAAUUCAAUGAAAAGAGGCUGCUGGACAAGUGGGUGGAGCUGAGAACUACAGUGGCGAACUGCAUCUCGGUGAGCCAUGAUUACAUCUUCUGUGGCUGUGCUGAUGGUACCGUGCGGAUUUUUAAUCCUUUAAACCUCCACUUUGUGACGACACUUCCGAAACCACACUUCCUGGGAACAGACAUUGCCAGUGUCACUGAAGCCAGUCGGCUCUUCUCCAGUGUGACUGAUGCCAAGUAUCCAGACACAAUUGCCUUGACCUUUGACCCCAACAACCAGUGGCUGUCGUGUGUUUAUAAUGACCACAGCUUGUACGUGUGGGAUGUCAAAGACCCCAAGAAAGUGGGCAAGGUUUAUUCUGCCUUGUACCAUUCUUCAUGUGUCUGGAAUGUUGAGGUGUACCCUGAGGUGAAGGAUAGCAACCAGUCUUGCUUGCCCCCAAACUCUUUCAUCACCUGCUCCUCUGAUAACACCAUCCGUCUCUGGAACACCGAGAGCUCCAACAUCCAUGGUUCUGCUCUGCAUCGGAAUAUACUAAGCAAUGACUUGAUGAAGAUUAUCUACGUAGAUGAAAACACUCAGGCCCUCCUGGACACAGAAUACAACUCGGGUGGAGGUGUGGACAAGGCUGAUGCCCAGGCCCUAGAUACAAAAGUAGGGAUUCGCACAGUGUGUGUGAGUCCUACCGGGGAGCACCUGGCGUCAGGUGAUAGGAUAGGCACUCUCAGGAUUUAUGAAUUAAAACCCCUGAGAGAGAUGCUGAAGGUAGAAGCCCAUGAUUCUGAAAUCCUUUGUCUUGAGUACUCCAGACCUGAGACAGGAUUGAAGCUGCUAGCCUCAGCCAGUCGGGACAGACUGAUCCAUGUUUUGGAUGCAGGGAAAAAUUACAGCUUGCAACAGACCCUAGAUGAGCAUUCAUCUUCCAUCACAGCAGUGAAAUUUGCAGCCAAUGAUGGAAAGGUACGAAUGAUCAGCUGUGGAGCAGAUAAGAGUAUCUAUUUCCGCACUGCACAGAAGACAGGUGAUGGGGUUCAGUUUACUCGUACACACCACGUUGUUAGGAAGACCACUCUUUACGACAUGGAUGUGGACCCGAACUGGAAGUAUGCUGCUAUUGGAUGCCAAGACCGUAACAUCAGGAUUUUCAACAUUAGCAGUGGGAAGCAAAAGAAGCUGUACAAGGGAUCCCAAAGUGAAGAUGGUACUCUAAUUAAAGUGCAGACUGACCCCUCCGGUUUGUAUAUUGCCACUAGCUGCUCUGACAAGAACCUUUCUAUCUUUGACUUUUAUUCAGGCGAAUGUGUAGCCACAAUGUACGGACACGCAGAGAUUGUAACUGGGAUGAUGUUCAGCAAUGACUGUAAACACUUGAUCUCAGUCUCUGGAGACAGCUGUAUUUUCAUCUGGCGACUGAGUUCUGAGAUGACUAUCAACAUGCGGCAACGCCUGGCUGACAUGAAACAAAGAGGAAAGCAAGUAGAGAAAUUACAAUCAGGCAAAACGGCUGGGCUGACCAGGCACGAAUCGGUCUCUGUCCUCUCAUCUGCACCAGCACUCUCAUCAGACAGUGACAAAGAUGGUGAAGACGAAGGGAAUGAUGAGGAUGAGUUACAUGGGAUGCAGUCUUUCCAAAUGCAGACCAAUUGCAGCACUGAACGGGAUUCAGAUUCAGACCUUUCUCUUUCAAGAAGCUUGUCCCACUGGGAAAUGAGAAGGGCUAAAGAAAUAGCAAUGAUCCAGUGUUCAGAGAACAGCGUGAGCAAGGCCCCUCGGCAGCGGGGUCGUUGGUCCCAGCCAACGAGCAGCAUAGAGAUGACUGUGAAAUCCAUGCUUGAUUUACGCCAGCUGGAGUCUUUCUCUGUCUCCCGGUCUGCCAGCCGAGAUUCACUUUCACAGGCCAGCAAUGGGGAGGACCCGGGAGAACAUCCCAGUCUCCCUCUACAUGUCAGCAAUGUUGGAGACCCUGCAACUCUUCAGGAAAACCAGCCAUGUGUUCGACCCCAAGUUAUUCGACUUCUGUCCUGUGAAGGUGGAAUUUUCCCUCAGGAACUGGAGCCUUCAGGGAGUGAGGAAUGUGUGAUCUACCCAGAACAAGAUGAAAUUCACCCCACAGACAUUAGCAGUGAAUUCCAGGUAAAAGCACUUCCCCAUGGGAAGCUAGGUAGAAGUUACUCCAACAAUGGAUGUCCAGAUAAGCACAGCCCUGAUAGUGCCUGCUCUGUGGAUUAUAGUAGCAGUCGAUUAUCAAGUCCAAAUGAAGAUUCUGAGAGUACAGAACCUUUCAGUGUGGAUGGCAUCUCUGACCUGGAUGAACAGGUGGGAGAAGAGGAUGAGGAAGAUGUCAACACUGGACUGUUGGAAGGGGAUGGCCCCAGGACUCCAGAUCAAGAGAAGUUCCUCAAGCAGCAUUUUGGGACACUGGCCAGUAAUGGUAAAAAGGGUGGAUCAUGUAGGACUCUGGAGAGAAUGGAAAACAGUAUUUCCUCUCGCUUUCUGUCCCAGUCUCCUGCUCUCAGGCAACUGUCGCUUUCGGCAUCAAAUCUAGUGCUGGAUUACAAACCCGCUGAGGGUCCUGCCUUGUCGAAGCAAGUUUCUGCUGAUCUAUUGAAAAAUGGGAUCGACUGCCAGAAUGCAGCCAAGGAGAAUGGCAUCUGCCAAAAUUCCUUCCGGUCACUUUACAUGCAGAAAAAGAGAAAACCUGCUUUAGAGAUCAACAGGGGCCUUGGAAAACUGGCUGGGUCUUUCCCAGAUAGCGAUGGGGCUAUGGUAAUAAGGAAAUCCCAGUCAGUUCAUGACCUUGUUCAUAAUGAUAAGGUUCCAGGGGUACCUUCUGCCAGGCAACGUCCUCAGACCCUAAUGGUAGGUGAGAAGGAUCCGAGGUCCAAUAACUGUCGGGAGUUGUCUGCAACUCUGAAGAUGGAUGGCUCCAACUCUAUGCAAGCCAAAGACAGUAAAGCAGCAAAGCCAAAGUCCUACAUGAGCCCUACCACUAGCUUCAUGGCCAAGAUAUCCCGUAGCAUAUCUGUGGGGGAGAAUCUGUGCUUUGGCGACUCUGCAGAAAACCUGGUCCAGACGAAGGGAAGCCCACAAAUACCAGAGAAGACACAGUUAAAUCUUUCAGUGGACACUGAGAAGAAUAAGUCACCUGUGAAAGAAAAUGGUCCAGUGAAACCUGCUCUUCAGCAGGCCACAGGCGCUUCAUCACCCAAGUCUUUUCACAGCAAGUUGGUGUCUAACCGGGCCCAUCUCAUCCUUGAUAUCCCCAAACCUCUACCUGACAGACCAACGUUAGCUUCUUUCUCUCCAACAGCCAAAUCAAAAGUGCUGCUAGAGCCCGUGUCUCCUCAGUCAGCUGCUGGCAUUGGUAAAAAGAAAUCCUCCUUUCCUGAAGGAUGGGCCCCCAAGUUGGAAACCCACGCAGCUGUGCCCCUGGGCUUUGGUAAAGGUAGCCCAGUGAGUCCCUCUAAAGAGAAUCAGACAUUACUGAGGACCAAAGUCCAGCUUGAGCCAGAGGUUUCCAAUCCCAAAUGGAAAGAUUUUGCGGACAGUCUGCAUCCAGAGGCUCCAGAAAAAAGACUGCUGGGUUGCACAGAGGACGUUGCCAGCACUGAUUAUGUGCAAGUUAAUCAGCAUGAGCUUUGCUCUUUUGAAUCAAGUGGGCCGAGGUCUCCCCCAUCUGUGGCAGCCCUAGCAGAGCACUCAGGUGUGCAUGGAUACCCUUCUCUAAUCUACUUCCCCCUUCUGUCUCCUGUCUUUGUGAAUCGCUUCACACUUCCAUCACAUUUCUUUACGUCCAGCUUCUGGCCUGUCUCGUCCUGUCUGCACCUGUCUCGUUCCAUAAGCCAUCCUUUCAAUGGAGGUUCAUCCAUCAGUGUUGAGCAAUGCAAGCAUGUUGUGUCGGAGCUUCAGGAUAGCAUGCGCAAAGCCAUCCGUCUGUACCGUAUGGUGUCUGCUAACACAGAGUCUUCAGCUGAUAAAAAUGAGAUUGCUGGCCUCUUGACUGAUACUUUCUCUGUGAUGAAAAAAGAACUUGAUUCCUUGAAGAAUGGGAAUGAAUUUCAAAGGAAAAAAGAAGCAUUGGUGAAGCCACAAGAUCCAGUUGUAAUGCCAAGUGGUUCUGUUUUAUCCAGUCCUCAGCAUUUUGGAAAUGAACAAACUCUUGCUUUGCUAGAACAAUACUCAGAGCUUUUGUUACAAGCUGUUGAGCGACGUAUGGAUAAAAAACUCUGAAGAGUGGCUCCAACUGGACAUAAAGUUUUAAUGGAACCAUGUAGGAAAAUUAACGGGACAAGUUCAUGGUGAAAAUCUUGAAUGAAUGCUACCAUUGUUUUUAUCCAAUGAGAAAAGACUUUUUCUUUAAUAAGAAACAAACAGUUAUCUUCUCUGUGUAGUUUUCAGAAAUGUGCUGGCCACAGUAACUAAUGUUUCUGUGCCCAACUUCUCUCUUUUGAGUGCUGUUAAGAGAAACUUCUUGGAACUGUUUGACACAGCCAAAGCGUUUGGCUUAAAAACACAAAGACACACAGGAUUAAACAAUACACACAACUGUGACCCAACCUGAAACUGCUGAUUUGACAGAGAGAGAUCAAGAUGGCACCUGUCACUCCCUCUGAAGCAUUGUCUCAAUCUGUGUACAGACUUUUAAAACUUUUAUUUAUUAAAUUAUUUUUGUGACUAUUCACACAUGUGUUUCUAGCAGUGGCUGUUUCUACAUCUUUCCCACACUCUGUAGUGAGAACAAGUUUUGUUACAGUAAACGUACUAGUAGUUUAGGAGGCAGGAUUAUUGAACUGCUUCCUGCUGCAGCCUGCCUUGCUGAAUUUUACUCCUUAAUACCAGGAUUUAUUACACCUACAUUUUUGUUUUUUGCAUGUAUAUGCUUGUUCUUUCAGCUUUAUUUUAAAGGAAAACCUAUGCUUUACCAAAUCUGUAUUUGCUUCCAGAGGAUACUGUACCUUUUGGACCAAGCUCUGGAGAUCUGUUACAAGGCUGCUGACAGUGGAUUUGCUAUUUUACAAGAACUGUUUGGCAUUUUCUCAGGUUUUAUAUUUAAAAAACUGAGUUUUUACAGGCAUCAAGGGAAGAAUUGUCACAGCUGUUAGGAAGUUGUUCAACUGCAGUUGUAUCCUAGCCUCCUGAUGUUACAGUGGCUUUUUCUUUUGGGGGAUACAGGACUUGAAGAGAAGGGUGGAUGUGAAAAUAACACAGGAUGGCUAUGGUGUUUAUUGAUUAGUACAUUGUUUUCUUUUAUUUCAUUUGAGUAUGAAUUUAAUCACUGAAGAUCCUAGCUGCAGUUCUUCAAUACUGUUCAAGCUAAGCAUGAGAGGUACUUAACAUCCCAAGUAUUGUGUGUGAGGGUGGGGGGUGGGGGUGGGAGGGCCCUUACUCAUGGACAAAAAUACGAAAUUACCAAACUAAGUGUGAGUAGCCAGCAAAUACAGAUUGUUGUGAUACAACUAUCUCCAUUUCCUUUUUCAUGCUAUGUCAGUUGGGAGGAUGUUUAAAAAUGUCAGUUGACUAGGAAGCUGCAUGGAAUUUUAUUAUGUUCAGCAACCACAAUUUGCCAAACUUCUUCAAUGACAUAUAAAUUAGACCAUUGCUUUUGUUCAAAUAAAGUAGGAAUGAACUGAUUAUUGUCCAUUAAUCAAAGAAAGGAAAUGAAUUGAGCUAGAAGGGACAUUCACGCUUUCAUUCAUUUACUGUGCCAUCUGCUUAAAUCUCUCCUAGUGUUUUUGUUUUGGUUUGUUUCAGAGGCACUACAAUGCCCAGUAUACAGAAGGAUCCAUCUGUCUGUGUUCUCUAAGUGCUGGCUGAUACUGAUGAAAGCAUGUUAAAACUAACUAAUCUACAGAAUUUUUAGUGUUGCUUUCUCUGGUAAGAGGGCAGUUGUUUCUUCUAUGUUUGGUUAGAUCAUCCUACUAAGCAGCUUUGCUGAUCUAAGCCCCUCUGGAUGGCUUGCCUCCUUGCACUUUUGAAAUUAUCCUGUGGGCUUUGAUUCAUUACUCCACAGCUGGCACCCUGUGGUGUACCUUCUUGUCUGGGACUGGUUGGUUUAUUUUGUGUUGUUUCAGGGCUGAGUAGCCUGCAGAGCAGCCCUCUUUUUGGUUGACCGGCUGGCCAACCCAGGUAGCCAGGCAUCCUUAACUAAGCUCCAAGGCUGGGAACUUGGAAUGUUUCUAGUGCUUUUUAGUAUGCCCCUCUGCAAAACUCUUGGCUGUCUUAAUCAGGUAUUUUCUCUGAAUAAACUUUAUUAUUAGAAUACACUUACCAGAACUGAGGUUCAACUAGCCCUUUACACCUAAGAGUGAACCUAAAAUGUGCCACUUUUCCUGCUAAGGAUGGAUAGCAUAAAUAUAUUCCAUGGAGAUCUGUUAACUAGGGAGGGGCCUUUCUGCAUAUAUGUCAGACAAGAUCUUAACAGGCAAAGUACCUUUCUUCCCCGGUUCACAUUUAGACUGUGAAAAGUGUUCAGUGCUCAGGAAACACUUCCUUGUUCUGGAACACACACAUACACUCAGGUAAAAGCCAUACUUCCAACACAAAUAUCUUGUAGCAGGAGAAAAGGAGAAAUGGAGGUUCUUGGUGUUGAUCUAAUCUCUGAAAAUGUCAGAGGUAUCCAUUUGAGAGCACAAUCAACAUGCUGAUUUGCUUUACCUCAGUGCUACUGAUACUGUGGCAAUUAUUCAUUGGGGGCUGGGUUGAGUGAAAGGUAGUAUCAAACAAAUUCUAUGGAUAAUUCUCAUCCAUUUACUUUUAAAAUGGACACACUAUUUUCAUGGAUUGAGCUGGGAAAAUAAUAAAAAUGGGGCUGAGAAUGGACUAGCAUGGUAGUUUUGUGUGGUCUUGAGUAAGUAGAUAAGCAAAGAGGUAUGGGUAGGCCUGUAGCUUCUAGCAUACCACUGAAGAGCAUAGCCAAAGAGUCUAGUGAAGUAGUACUAGGACAAGGAAUCUGUUAUGUUCAAAGGGCAAAUGCAGAUUGAAAUUGUCUCAAAUAGGAAAGAUUCAGCAUGUAGUUAAGUGGAACUGUGAAUUGAACCUGUAGAGUAGAAAAUAGGGAGACAUGUUUGCAGGGUUUUAAAAGUCUUUUAAUGUGCCCUUGAUUUUCCCACUUACAUCCAUGAUUUUAGAUGACUUUGGGGUAAAUAUUUUUAGCCAGUCAGUUGGCUGCCAUGGAAUUCUUAGCUGCCCUCUUUUCUAACCCAAUAAUUUAAGUCUGAGAAAAAGCAGGAGGAAAGUAUUCAGUGUUUCUUUGGAAAAUACUUAAAGACAUCAAAUAUUUCUAGUUUUUCAUUGGUGCCACCAUGGCAAAUGGCUCAUAUAUUGAAUUUGAAGUAUCUUAAGACGUUUCUGUUACAGAUUAUAAGAUAAUCAACCUGCACUUUUUGUUUUGAACUGCAUGCAUCUUUUUUUUACUUUAUUAUAGAUGUCUACUGGCCCUCAACAGAUACCUCAGGAUUAGAAAAAUAGAAACGCAUGUAGAUGUAGAAACAUCUGCAUCUGUCCCACUUCUGAUUUUGUGCUUGCAUGCAAUUUUAAUAUAUUAAGUUAAAUGGGGAAAGUUUCUACAAGAACAUAGAUUACUGAAGUCAUACUUGCAUAUUAUUGCUAUGCUUUCGGAAAUAAUUCUGAGCAACAUGAUUUAAAUGUUGUUCCUAAAUUAUACUGGUAAUCUUUUCAAAGAGAGCCUUUUGUAAAGAGAGCAAAUACUGUGCACAUGAAUGGGACAAAAUGAUCUGUUUCUACAAUAACAAGAGAUACCUUUUGAAAACAAAAUUGUGCAUGCAGCAGCUAUUGAUAUGUGCAAUUGGUGCUACUCAGUAUAGUCAUUUUGUUAUUUACCUGCUGCCCAACCCUUCUAGUUUAAUCCUUUCCUUUCCUAUUGAAUUCCCCCUCCCACAUUGUUGGGCUUAUUAGGUUCUCCUUUCACCCCAGUGAUCCACAAUAACUACAUUUCCUCCUUUAAAAAAAGUCUACUGUUAGGAACAGUGUAUGUGACUAAGAGCAUUACAAUGCCAUCAUGUAUAAACACAGCCAUUCAGCCACUGGACCCAUCAUAUCAACUUUUUUACAUCAUUAGAAAACUCAGUUGGAAAGGAGAAUAGCGCCUUGUUAGGCCUUCAGGUACUGUUGACUAAGGGUGCAAUCCUAUGCAUGAUCAGGCAGGAAAAAAGCCUACAACUCUCAGCACACCUCAGUGGUGGCUGGGCGGGACACACUGGGAAAUGUAGGCCUUUUUUUGGUCUAAACAUGCGUAGCACCGUGUUUUGAAUUGCUCUUUCUAUACACAAAAACUAGACUAUCCAGUCCUGUACUGUUUGUAUAUAAUAUACUGGAGCUGGACUGCGUAUAUGCUGGGCUAUUCUGCUGUACAUGACAAGACAGCGAUGCAUGGGUCAGCAACUUUAGGAAUAAGCCAUGUCUACUCAGCAUGUCUCUUAAGCCCAAGCACCAGAAAGACAUCCCUUUUCAACACUCCUUCCUAUUCUCCACUUGUUUAAAACCUGAAACUUUUUAAAUUUAUAAAUGAGCAUUUUCUACCUUGGCUUUAAAAAGGAAAAAAACAUUUUAAUAUGUCAUUUUUGAUUAUCUGAAACAACUGUUUUAUGUUUGUGGGGGUUUUGCACUGUAAGCCACCUUUUGGGGCUAUUUUUAAUUCUGUAUUCAUUUGUACUCUGCGUCUUAAAUAGUUUCAAUAAAAAAGUGUGAUCCUUUGUUACAAAA